UCCAGCUUGCUCAUCUUCCCAAAUCUGCUUCUCCAGAAGAUGCAGCACAACUCGGAUGUGGCGAUGCUGACGAGGUUGCUCGGACUGCUUGUCUUGUCCACCCUCUGCUCAGCCAUGUGGGUGCAAAACUACACCAGACAAUACAUUAGUGAAGAGGAAGGCUCCACAUAUGAUCCCAACACCCACCACUGGCCUGAAUCAGUUGACAGGCAGUUUAAUGAGACUUCUAAGAAGACUGAUCAGCCAACGGGAAUCCCAUCGUGGCCACCCGAGGCACGCAGCGGGCCUCUUAUGAUGCCUCCAACAGGACCCCCAUUUCCACACUAUGGCAACAACUCUGAAGGUCCCAACAUGCCCAGAAUGUUUGGGGUCAGUAACCCACCUUUACCACCCAUGCCUGACACAACAAUCUGUGACAUGCUGCUAAAUGCACCGGUACCCCCGCCCGCCGACCAGAUUCCAUUUUUUUGCAUCUGUAAAUACUGCAAAGGAACCGUAGGACCCAAAGGAGACCGCGGAGACCGAGGUCUUCCAGGUCCUCCCGGGAGCGCUGGAAGUAGAGGAUUGAUGGGGUUUCCAGGUCCCAGAGGGUUUACAGGCUCUCAGGGGAUAAAAGGCCAGAAGGGAGAAAUGGGGGAAAAGGGAAUGCAAGGUGCAGCAGGUUUCACUGGCACAAAGGGAGAUCGGGGAUUUAAAGGGGACAAAGGGGACCAAGGAUCAAUGGGACCCCCUGGUGCAUCGGGCCCUCAGGGGGAAUCUGGUAUAUGCCCUGCCACCUGCGAGAGUGUGCCAGGUGCACCUGGUACUCAAGGACCACCUGGACCAGCUGGAGCCCGUGGCCUGCCAGGGGUGCAGGGUCCUGAUGGACCCAGGGGCAUAAAAGGUGAUAGGGGUGACAUGGGUUUGCCUGGAAACCCUGGCAACGAUGGUGAGAAGGGUGAUCGAGGUGACCAGGGGGUGUGUAAGUGCACAAAUGGAACAAAUGGUGCUGAUGGCAAACCAGGGCAAAAGGGAGACAAAGGGGACAAGGGUGAUAUUGGUUCCCAGGGUAUACAGGGCACCAUGGGGUCAAAAGGCAACCAGGGUGAUAUGGGUCUCAUGGGGCCACCUGGGCCCUGCUCUCCAGCCAUCCAGUCAGCAUUCUCCGCCUGUAUCAAUGAGUCAUUUCCAGCUCACAAUUUUCCCAUUCCUUUCCCACACAUCCUUACCAACCAGCAAAACCACCUUAACCGAAACGGCAUCUACAUAGCCCCCGUCAAUGGCACCUACGUCUUCUCCUUUCACCUGUCAGUUGCCGUGAAACCACUUAAAGUCGGCCUGUUCCGCAAUUUCUACCCUGUGGCUAAAAUAACAGAAGGAACCGUCCCAUCCACCACAAGCCACACGGUGGUCCUCCACCUCUACAUGGGAGACCAGGUUUGGCUGCAGGUGAAGGACCCCACCACCAAUGGCAUGUACACUGAUAAUGAAAGCACUAGCACGUUCUCUGGGUAUCUGCUGCACCCCGACUCCUGCGAAUUUCCUCUGGGCAGAAAUCACUACUUCCCACAGCCACAUCAUGGACGGUACAGCUGGGAUGGUCCCGACCCUACCACCACUCCACCAAAUUAGUUUCUUUUCAGUUGCACAGUUAUAGAUGAGGCACAACAAGCAUCCAAUCAAAUUCUCAGUGAUUUUAUAACUGCAAGUUUUAAAGGAGGGGUAUUCUAUCAAUGAAGCAAUGACAAUUGUUAAAAUAGGUUUUUCUACCAGAGUUAUGCUGAAUACAAGUUCUACUGUAGGACCAUUGUACCACACUGUAGUUACUACUCAAUUAAAAAAAUCAGGUUUUAUUUCUUGGGUUAAAUCUAAUUCUGUUUGGUUGUUGAAGCUGGCAUCACAUAAAAGGAAAGGCCAGCAAAAAAACCCAACAAUAAACACACAAAAUCCUUCUUGAAGUAUUUGUUUAACCCUUAGCAUGUUAGCAUAUCCAGGCAAUUAUUGUCAAACGUUGUCUAAGUGAACCUUAAUUCCAACUCUUCCUGGGACAAUAAAAACAAGUCAAAUGAAAUAAAAAAGCGUUACAAUGUUGCAGAAUACUAAUUUUAAAAGGUUUUCACCUGGAAGUCAUAUGUCUAACAAACAUUCUCCUGACUGCAAACAUCUCUCGUCUCUUAUGUCACACUUAGAUGAGACAAAAAUAAACUCCCCCUAAAAUCAAGUCCUGUUUUACUGGUAAUGCUAGUGGCUUCAAGUACUGGUUCCGACUAAAAUAUCUUCAAUCACUAUUUGAAUGAUUUGUGCUUACUGACUUUGACGAACCUCUCAGUUAUCUGUCUUCUUGCAACAGUUUAAAGACAGGAUGUGUAUUCCCUGUGACAGAUUGGAGGCGUGUCCAGGAUGUAUCCUGCCUCACACCCAGUGACCGCUGGGAUCAGCUGACACGGAAUUGGAAAAAAGAAAGAAAAUUGAUAUGGAACAGCCAUAAUACCCUCCUUUUAAAUGUGGCUAUGAUUCAACACUCAUGUGAAAAUGCAUCUGGGCUUGUAUAUGCCAGCAUUUGAUCAUGCACUAAUCAACUGUUAGAGCGCCCUUUUAUCAGAAAGCUCAUUUAGCAGCAGAGGUUUUAAUAUUUUUGAUAGAAAAUGUAAAUACGUGGAUCAGCUGCAGGCGAUGGAAUAACAUCACCACAGGUCUGUUGAGAUGUAGGUUUUAAAAGGUUUACAGUGAAGGAGCGGGAACAGAGCUGUGACGCAAACGAGACAGCGAGAAAUGAAGAAGGCUGAAGACAUGGCAAUGAGACGUGCCGGCAAAUUCUCCACAAAAUCAGUGAAAUUCUCUUCAGGUUCAUCAAGUAAAAGAAUCAUAAUCUCCACAGAUCUCCACAGUACACAUGAAUAUUUUAAAAGAUAUAAAGAGUGAGAACACGUGCCAUUAUUUUCUUAAUGUUUUCUUAAUUUUGAAGAAAAUCUAAUUUUGAAUGUAGGAUAACUGAUUAAAGGCUUUUCUCGCUAUUUUUAAGGUUUUAUUUUUUUAUUAUAUGAUUUAAAACAAAGGUUGUACAAUGAAGCUUCCUGUGAAACUAUCACUGCCUGAUGUCUCGCAACAUUAAACUUCCACUUUGUAAAAGGUAUAAUCUGUAAAACCUGCGACACCAUCAGGUGAUGUUGGACGUGUGUUUGGAUUCAGACAGUAAACGGAGUGUGUUGCAUGUGUAACAGGUUAAAGCAUCGUUCACCUUCUCUGAGGUGCUUUCAGCGACCACACCGUGUCGCCUGUUUGUGCUUCAGGUUGUUGCGAUCUGUGCAUCG